UGAAUCAUGUACUGAAUGCUAAGUAGAAAUUACCUAUGCUGUUUGAUUCUUCUGGUGCUUUCUAUGAAAUUUUCUCAAGCAAUUAACUUCUUGCAGAACCGGCUGCUUGCAAUGAACUAUAUAAAUGAGGGCUCUGAUGAUAAGCUUUUUGAGGCUCACAGGGAAUGGGGAAUGCGAUUUAUGAAGCUAUACCCUCAAUAUACCAGUUGGGAUAAUCCUAAAGAUAUGGAACGCCCAUUAGUAAUUGGAUAUGUGUCACCUGAUUAUAUUACUCACUCUGUAUCAUAUUUCAUUGAAGCACCUCUCUUUUUCCAUGAUUACACAAAUUACAAGGUGAUUGUGUACUCUGGUGUUGUAAAGGCAGAUGCCAAAACCCAUAAAUUCAAGGACAGGGUGCUGAAAAAAGGAGGGCUAUGGAGGGAUAUAUAUGGGAUUGAUGAGAAGAAGGUUGCUAGCAUGGUUAGGGAGGAUAAAGUUGACAUACUGGUGGAGCUUACUGGUCACACUGCAAAUAACAAGCUAGGGAUGAUGGCCUGCAGGCCUGCUCCCAUCCAGGCAACAUGGAUUGGUUACCCAAAUACAACCGGUCUGCCAACAAUUGAUUAUAGAAUCACAGAUGCACUGGCUGAUCCCCUUGACACAAAGCAGAAGCAUGUUGAGGAGUUGGUUCGUUUGCCUAAAUGUUUUCUCUGUUAUACGCCUUCGCCGGAUGCUGGUCCUGUUUGUCCCACACCAGCUCUUUCUAAUGGUUUUAUUACUUUUGGGAGCUUCAAUAAUUUGGCAAAGAUAACGCCAAAAGUAUUAAAAGUUUGGGCAAGGAUAUUAUGUGCUGUUCCUAACUCCCGGCUUGUUGUCAAGUGUAAGCCUUUCUGUUCUGAUAGUGUAAGACAGAGAUUUCUUUCAAUUUUGGAGCAAUUAGGACUGGAGCCGCUACGUGUUGAUCUUCUGCCUCUAAUUCUUCUCAACCAUGACCAUAUGCAAGCAUAUUCACUAAUGGAUAUCAGCUUGGAUACAUUUCCGUAUGCGGGAACUACUACUACAUGUGAAUCACUGUAUAUGGGAGUUCCAUGUGUCACUAUGGCCGGAUCGGUGCAUGCACAUAAUGUUGGUGUUAGCCUUCUCAAGAAUGUUGGUAAGUCACCUCAGUGAGGAAUCUCAGUUUUG